AUGGCCGCCGCCCGCCGCGUCCUGCUGCUCCUCCUCGCCGCCGCCGCCGCGGCCCUCCUCGCGGCGCCCCCUGCGGCCGCCGCGCGCCCCUGCGGCCGCGCGCAGACGCUGCUCAUCUCCUUCUCCUCCUUCUCCCGCCCCAACCCGGACCCGGCCGACCCCUCGCCGCUCACCACCACCGUCGUCACCGUCCUCCGCGUCCGCCGCCUCGGCCCGCACCGCUUCCACGCCCACGACCAGAACCACCUCCAGAUCCGCCGCCCCGCCGAGCCCCUCCCCGCCGCCGUCGCCACCCCCGACGCCGCCUCCUCCUUCCAGGAGCGCGCCAAGGACAUCCUCGUCGUCGUCUCGGGCCUGCUCUUCGGCUUCGGCUGCGGCGCCCUCACCGCCGCCUCCAUGUACCUCCUCUGGUCCCUCGUCGCCUCCGCCGGCGCCGCCAGCCCCUACGAGGAGCUCUACAGCGACGACGACGUGUCGGACGACGACGACGCCUCCGACAGCCCCAAGAAGGCCGGCUACGUCAUCAUCCACGGCGCCGAGGACGUCGUCGCCGCCGCCGGUAAGAACUAA